AUGGCAAAACUCUCCGACUUCAAAGUCCUCUCAUUUGAUGUCUAUGGUACCCUCAUUGACUGGGAAGCGGGGAUCGUCAAUAAUCUCCAACCACUGCUCCAGGCCAACAAUGCCAGCUUUAGCAAGGAGAAGCUGUUGCACGUGAUGCACGAGUGCGAGCGUACACAGCAGGCUGCUACUCCCGACCUCAAGUACCACGAGCUGCUCGCAGCCAUUCAUCCUCAGAUUGCCGAAAAGCUGGGGCUGUCGGCGCCGCCAGCCGAGCAGAGCCAGGCGUUUGGCGCCUCCGUGGGGAGCUGGCCCGCCUUUCCCGACACGGUUGAGGCACUCAAGAAGCUGGGGACGCACUACAAGCUGGUGAUCAUCUCCAAUGUCGACCGCGAGUCGUUUGCUGGAACCAAUAGUGGGCCGCUGGAAGGCGUCAAGUUUGAUCUUGUGCUCACGGCGCAGGAUAUUGGCAGUUACAAGCCUGAUUUGCGCAACUUUGACUACAUGAUCAAGGAGGUGCAAGAAAAGCUCGGCGUCUCAAAGCAUCAGAUUUUGCAGACUGCCCAAAGCCAAUUUCACGAUCACCAUCCCGCCAAGGCAAAGGGUUUGAAAUCAUGCUGGAUCACCCGGCCGGGAGCAAUCAUGGGCAACAGAGAUCAGUCAGUAUAUGACUGGAAGUUUGAUACCUUGGGACAAAUGGCAGCUGCUCUAGAGAGCGAGCUGGCCCAUGAGUAG